GAGGGCGGGAGGCGGAGGAAUGAGAGCGCGAGGCGCUUCUCGUCGGCUCCUUCGCCCGGACGGAAAGAGCCGAACGCAGCCCGAACGCUCUAUUAAAAUGGCGGCGGCGUCGGCGGUGGCCGCGGCGUCUGGUCGGUGAAGUGACUCUGCUGCUUCUCUCCCCACCCGCCCCCUCCCUCCCUCUCCCCUCCCCCCGUCCUUCCCCCCCUUCCCCGCCGCCGGCGCCUCAGCGCCCCUCCGGCCUGCGCACCUCCCCUCGCCCCCCUCCUCUCCCCCGCCCGCUCCGGGGACCGCCGGCCCCCUCCCCCAUUCUCCUGCUCCCCGCCCCGUCCCCGCCGCCGCCCGCCCUCGUCGCCUCCCCGCCCCGCCGGCCGGCCGGCCCACUCCUCCGCCUCUCUCCCCUCCCCCCCGCCGGUCGGGAUCAGUCAGUGCGAUCCGAAGCGGGGGAGGGGGGGGGCGGCGGCCGAACGAUGUGCGAGAACUGCGCAGACCUGGUGGAGGUGUUAAAUGAAAUAUCCGAUAUAGAAGGUGGUGAUGGACUGCAGCUCAGAAAGGAACAUACUCUCAAAAUAUUUGCUUAUAUCAAUUCCUGGACACAGAGGCAAUGUCUAUGCUGCUUCAAAGAAUAUAAGCAUUUGGAGAUUUUUAACCAAGUAGUGUGUGCACUUAUUAACUUAGUGAUUGCCCAAGUUCAAGUGCUCCGGGACCAGCUUUGUAAACAUUGUACUACUAUUAACAUAGAUUCCACGUGGCAAGAUGAGAGUAAUCAAGUGGAAGAACCACUGAAUGUAGAAAGAGAGUGUAAUGAAGGAAGUACAGAAAGACAAAAAUCAAUAGAAAAAAAAUCAAACUCUACAAGAAUUUGUAAUUUGACUGAGGAGGAAUCUUCAAAGAGCUCUGAUCCUUUUAGUUUAUGGAAUACAGAUGAGAAGGAAAAACUGUUACUAUGUGUGGCAAAAAUUUUUCAAAUUCAGUUUCCCUUAUAUACUGCUUACAAACAUAAUACUCAUCCUACUAUAGAGGAUAUAUCAACCCAAGAAAGCAACAUAUUAGGGGCAUUCUGUGAUAUGAAUGAUGUAGAAGUACCAUUGCAUUUGCUUCGUUAUGUAUGUCUGUUUUGUGGGAAAAAUGGCCUUUCUCUCAUGAAGGACUGCUUUGAAUAUGGAACUCCUGAAACUUUGCCAUUUCUUAUAGCACAUGCAUUUAUUACAGUUGUAUCUAAUAUUAGAAUAUGGCUACAUAUCCCUGCUGUCAUGCAGCACAUUAUCCCUUUUAGGACAUAUGUUAUCAGGUAUUUAUGCAAGCUCUCUGAUCAGGAGUUAAGACAGAGUGCGGCUCGCAACAUGGCUGACUUAAUGUGGAGCACAGUGAAAGAACCAUUGGACACGACGUUAUGCUUUGAUAAAGAAAGCCUAGAUCUUGCAUUUAAGUACUUUAUGUCACCUACUUUGACUAUGAGGUUGGCUGGAUUAAGUCAGAUAACGAAUCAACUUCACACUUUCAAUGAUGUGUGCAAUAAUGAAUCAUUGGUAUCAGACACAGAAACGUCCAUUGCAAAAGAACUUGCAGACUGGCUUAUAAGCAACAAUGUGGUAGAGCAUAUAUUUGGACCAAAUUUACAUAUUGAGAUCAUCAAACAGUGCCAAGUGAUUUUGAAUUUUUUGGCAGCGGAAGGGCGACUGAGUACUCAGCAUAUUGACUGCAUUUGGGCUGCAGCACAGCUGAAACACUGUAGUCGGUAUAUACAUGACUUAUUUCCUUCACUCAUCAAGAAUUUGGAUCCAGUACCACUUAGACAUCUUCUUAAUCUGGUCUCAGCUCUUGAACCAAGUGUUCAUACUGAACAGACACUGUACUUGGCAUCGAUGUUAAUUAAAGCAUUGUGGAAUAAUGCGCUAGCAGCUAAGGCCCAGCUAUCUAAACAGAGUUCUUUUGCAUCUUUACUAAACACUAAUCUUCCCAUUGGAAAUAAGAAAGAGGACGAAGAGCUCAGGAGAGCUGCACCAUCACCUUGGUCACCUGCAGCCAGUCCUCAAAGCAGUGAUAACAGCGAUACCCAUCAAAGUGGAGGCAGUGACAUUGAAAUGGAUGAGCAACUUAUUAAUAGAACCAAACAUGUGCAGCAGCGACUUUCAGAUACAGAGGAAUCCAUGCAGGGAAGUUCUGAUGAAACUGCCAACAGUGGUGAAGAUGGAAGCAGUGGUCCUGGUAGCAGUAGUGGACAUAGUGAUGGAUCUAGCAAUGAGGUGAAUUCUAGCCAUGCAAGCCAGUCAGCAGGGAGCCCUGGCAGUGAGGUACAGUCAGAAGACAUUGCAGAUAUUGAAGCCCUUAAAGAAGAAGAUGAAGAUGACGAUCAUGGUCAUAAUCCUUCUAAAAGCAGUUGUGGUACAGAUCAUCGGAACAGGAAAUUAGAAAGUCAAGCAGGCAUUUGCUUAGGGGAUUCCCAAGGUCCAUCAGAAAGAAGUGGGACAAGCAAUGGAACAGGAAAGGACCUGGUUUUUAACACUGAGUCAGUUCCAUCAGUAGAUAAUCGAAUACGAAUGCUAGAUGCCUGUUCACACUCUGAAGACCCAGAACAUGAUAUUUCAGGGGAAAUGAAUGCUGCUCAUAUAGCACAAGCAUCUCAGGAAUCUUGUAUUACACGCACUGGGGACUUUCUUGGGGAGACUAUUGGGAAUGAAUUAUUUAAUUGUCGGCAGUUUAUUGGUCCACAGCAUCACCACCACCACCACCACCAUCAUCACCACCACGAUGGUCAUAUGGUUGAUGAUAUGCUAAGUGCAGAUGAUGUCAGUUGCAGCAGCUCCCAGGUCAGUGCAAAAUCAGAAAAAAAUAUGGCUGAUUUUGAUGGUGAAGAAUCUGGGUGUGAAGAGGAGCUAGUUCAGAUUAAUUCACAUGCAGAGCUAACAUCUCAUCUCCAACAACAUCUUCCCAAUUUAGCAUCUAUUUACCAUGAACAUCUUAGUCAAGGACCUACAGUUCAUAAACAUCAAUUCAGCAGUAAUGCUGUAACAGACAUUAAUUUGGAUAACGUUUGCAAGAAAGGAAACACUUUGUUGUGGGAUAUAGUCCAAGAUGAUGAUGCAGUUAAUCUUUCUGAAGGAUUAAUAAAUGAAGCAGAGAAACUUCUCUGUUCCUUAGUAUGUUGGUUUACGGAUAGACAGAUUCGAAUGAGAUUCAUUGAAGGUUGCCUUGAAAAUUUAGGAAACAACAGAUCAGUAGUAAUUUCACUUCGUCUUCUUCCAAAACUGUUUGGUACUUUUCAGCAGUUUGGGAGCAGUUAUGAUACACAUUGGAUUACAAUGUGGGCAGAAAAAGAACUGAACAUGAUGAAGCUUUUCUUUGAUAAUUUGGUAUACUAUAUUCAAGCUGUAAGAGAAGGAAGACAGAAACAUGCACUGUACAGCCAUAGUGCCGAAGUUCAAGUGCGGCUUCAGUUCUUAACUUGCGUGUUUUCAACUCUGGGAUCUCCUGAUCAUUUCAGGUUAAGUUUGGAGCAAGUUGAUAUUUUAUGGCAUUGUUUAGUAGAAGAUUCUGAGUGUUAUGAUGAUGCACUCCAUUGGUUUUUAAAUCAAGUUCGAAGUAAAGAUCAACAUGCUAUGGGAAUGGAAACCUACAAACAUCUUUUCCUGGAGAAGAUGCCCCAGCUAAAACCUGAAACGAUUAGCAUGACUGGCUUAAACCUAUUUCAGCAUCUCUGUAACUUGGCUCGAUUGGCUACCAGUGCCUAUGAUGGUGGUUCAAACUCUGAGCUUUGUGGUAUGGACCAAUUUUGGGGCAUUGCUUUAAGAGCACAGUCUGGGGAUGUCAGUCGAGCAGCUAUCCAGUAUAUUAACUCCUAUUAUAUUAAUGGUAAAACGGGUUUGGAGAAGGAGCAAGAAUUUAUUAGUAAGUGUAUGGAGAGUCUUAUGAUAGCUUCUAGCAGUCUUGAACAGGAAUCACACUCAAGUCUCACUGUUAUAGAAAGAGGACUCCUUAUGCUGAAGACACAUCUGGAAGCAUUUAGGAGAAGGUUUGCAUAUCAUCUCAGACAGUGGCAAAUUGAAGGCACGGGUAUUAGUAGUCAUUUGAAAGCACUGAGUGACAAACAGUCCCUGCCGUUAAGGGUUGUAUGCCAGCCAGCUGGACUCCCUGACAAGAUGACUAUUGAAAUGUAUCCUAGUGACCAGGUAGCAGAUCUUAGGGCUGAAGUAACUCAUUGGUAUGAAAAUUUACAGAAAGAACAAAUAAAUCAACAAGCUCAGCUUCAGGAGUUUGGUCAAAGCAGCCGAAAGGGAGAAUUUCCUGGAGGCCUUAUGGGACCAGUCAGGAUGAUUUCAUCUGGACAUGAAUUAACAACAGAUUAUGAUGAGAAAGCACUUCAUGAGCUUGGUUUUAAGGAUAUGCAGAUGGUAUUUGUAUCUUUGGGUGCACCAAGGAGAGAACGGAAAGGGGAAGGUGUUCAGCUGCCAGCAUCUUGCCUACCACCCCCUCAGAAGGACAACAUUCCGAUGCUUUUGCUUUUACAAGAACCUCAUUUAACUACUCUUUUUGAUUUAUUAGAGAUGCUCGCAUCAUUUAAACCACCCUCAGGAAGAAUGGCAAUUGAAGAUAGUGAGAGCUUAAGAUGUGAAGAACUUCAUCUUCAUGCAGAAAACCUCUCUAGGCGUGUAUGGGAGCUACUGAUGCUUCUUCCUACAUGUCCUAACAUGUUGAUGGCAUUCCAGAAUAUCUCAGAUGAACAGUGUAAUGAUGGACUUAAUUGGAAAGAACUGCUCAAAAUUAAGAGUGCUCACAAGCUAUUAUAUGCCCUGGAAAUUAUUGAAGCACUGGGAAAACCUAACAGAAGAAUAAGAAGAGAGUCAACGGGAAGUUAUAGUGAUCUUUAUCCAGAUUCAGAUGAUUCAAGUGAGGAUCAAGUGGAAAAUAGUAAAAAUUCCUGGAGUUGCAAGUUUGUUGCUGCUGGAGGGCUUCAACAGUUAUUAGAAAUUUUUAAUUCUGGAAUUCUAGAGCCAAAAGAGCAGGAAUCCUGGACUGUGUGGCAGCUAGACUGUCUUGCUUGCUUGCUGAAGUUAAUAUGCCAGUUUGCAGUAGAUCCAUCCGAUUUGGAUUUAGCUUAUCAUGAUGUCUUUGCCUGGUCUGGUAUAGCAGAAAGCCAUAGGAAAAGAACAUGGCCUGGCAAAUCGAGAAAGGCUGCUGGUGAUCAUGCCAAGGGUCUUCAUAUACCAAGAUUAACAGAGGUAUUUCUUGUUCUUGUCCAAGGAACCAGUUUGAUUCAGCGACUUAUGUCUGUUGCUUAUACGUAUGAUAAUCUGGCUCCUAGAGUUUUGAAAGCUCAGUCUGAUCACAGGUCUAGACAUGAAGUUUCACAUUAUUCAAUGUGGCUCUUGGUGAGUUGGGCUCAUUGCUGUUCUUUAGUGAAAUCUAGCCUUGCUGACAGUGAUCAUUUACAAGAUUGGCUAAAGAAAUUGACUCUCCUUAUUCCUGAGACUGCAGUCCGUCAUGAAUCUUGCAAUGGUCUUUAUAAGUUAUCUCUGUCAGGGCUGGAUGGAGGAGACUCAAUCAAUCGCUCUUUUCUGCUACUGGCUGCCUCAACAUUGCUGAAAUUUCUUCCAGAUGCUCAAGCACUCAAACCUAUUAGGAUAGAUGAUUAUGAAGAAGAACCAAUGUUAAAACCUGGAUGUAAAGAAUAUUUUUGGUUGUUGUGCAAAUUAGUUGACAACAUACAUAUAAAGGAUGCUAGUCAGACAACACUCCUCGACCUGGAUGCUUUGGCACGACAUUUAGCUGACUGUAUUCGAAGCAGGGAGAUCCUUGAUCAUCAAGAUGGGAAUAUAGAAGAUGAUGGGCUUACAGGACUCCUAAGGCUUGCAACAAGUGUUAUUAAACACAAACCACCCUUUAAAUUUUCAAGGGAAGGACAGGAAUUUUUAAGAGAUAUCUUCAAUCUCCUGUUUUUGUUGCCUAGUCUAAAAGAUAGACAACAGCCAAAGUGCAAAUCACAUUCUUCGAGAGCUGCUGCUUAUGAUUUGUUAGUGGAGAUGGUAAAGGGAUCUGUCGAAAACUACAGAUUAAUACAUAACUGGGUUAUGGCACAACACAUGCAGUCUCAUGCACCUUAUAAAUGGGACUACUGGCCUCAUGAAGAUGUCCGUGCUGAGUGUAGAUUUGUUGGCCUGACUAACCUUGGAGCUACUUGUUACUUGGCUUCUACUAUUCAGCAACUUUACAUGAUACCCGAGGCAAGACAGGCUGUCUUCACUGCUAAGUAUUCUGAAGAUAUGAAGCACAAGACCACUCUCCUGGAGCUUCAGAAAAUGUUUACAUAUUUAAUGGAGAGUGAAUGCAAAGCAUAUAAUCCUAGACCCUUUUGUAAAACAUACACCAUGGAUAAGCAGCCUCUGAACACUGGGGAGCAGAAAGAUAUGACAGAGUUUUUUACUGAUCUGAUUACUAAAAUUGAAGAAAUGUCUCCAGAACUGAAAAAUACUGUCAAAAGUUUGUUUGGAGGUGUAAUUACAAACAAUGUUGUAUCCUUGGAUUGUGAACAUGUUAGUCAGACUGCUGAAGAGUUUUACACCGUGAGGUGCCAGGUGGCUGAUAUGAAGAACAUUUAUGAAUCUCUUGAUGAAGUUACUAUUAAAGAUACUUUAGAAGGUGACAACAUGUAUACUUGUUCUCAUUGUGGGAAGAAAGUACGAGCUGAAAAAAGAGCAUGUUUUAAGAAAUUGCCUCGGAUUCUGAGUUUCAAUACUAUGAGGUAUACAUUUAAUAUGGUCACAAUGAUGAAAGAGAAAGUGAACACACACUUUUCCUUCCCAUUACGUUUGGAUAUGACACCCUAUACAGAAGAUUUUCUUAUGGGAAAGAGUGACAGGAAAGAAGGUUUCAAGGAAGUCAGUGAUCAUUCAAAAGACGCAGAGAGCUAUGAGUAUGACUUGAUAGGAGUGACUGUUCACACAGGAACAGCAGAUGGUGGACACUAUUACAGCUUCAUUAGAGAUAUAGUCAAUCCGCAUGCUUAUAAAAACAAUAAAUGGUAUCUUUUUAAUGAUGCUGAGGUAAAACCUUUUGAUUCUGCUCAACUUGCCUCUGAAUGUUUUGGUGGAGAGAUGACGACCAAGACCUAUGAUUCUGUUACAGAUAAAUUUAUGGAUUUCUCCUUUGAAAAGACACACAGUGCUUAUAUGCUGUUUUACAAACGCAUGGAACCAGAGGAAGAAAAUGGCAAAGAAUACAAAUUUGAUGUUUCAUCUGAAUUACUAGAGUGGAUUUGGCAUGAUAACAUGCAGUUUCUUCAAGACAAAAACAUUUUUGAACAUACAUAUUUUGGGUUUAUGUGGCAGUUGUGUAGUUGUAUUCCCAGUACAUUACCAGAUCCUAAAGCUGUGUCCUUAAUGACAGCAAAGUUAAGCACUUCCUUUGUCCUAGAGACAUUUAUUCAUUCAAAAGAAAAGCCCACAAUGCUUCAGUGGAUUGAACUGUUGACCAAACAAUUUAAUAAUAGUCAAGCAGCUUGUGAGUGGUUUUUGGACCGCAUGGCUGAUGAUGAUUGGUGGCCAAUGCAGAUACUAAUUAAGUGCCCUAAUCAAAUUGUGAGACAGAUGUUUCAGCGUUUGUGUAUCCAUGUGAUUCAGAGACUUAGACCUGUGCAUGCUCAUCUCUAUCUACAGCCAGGAAUGGAAGAUGGGUCUGACGAUAUGGAUGCUUCAGUAGAAGAUAUAGGUGGCCGUUCAUGUGUCACUCGAUUUGUGAGAACUCUGUUAUUAAUCAUGGAACAUGGUGUAAAGCCUCACAGUAAACAUCUUACAGAAUAUUUUGCCUUCCUUUAUGAAUUUGCCAAAAUGGGUGAAGAAGAGAGCCAGUUUUUGCUUUCACUGCAAGCCAUAUCUACAAUGGUACAUUUUUACAUGGGAACCAAAGGACCUGAAAAUCCUCAAGUUGAAGUGUUGUCAGAGGAAGAAGGGGAAGAAGAGGAGGAGGAAGAAGAUAUACUCUCUCUGGCAGAAGAAAAAUACAGGCCAGCUGCUCUUGAAAAAAUGAUAGCUUUAGUUGCUCUUUUGGUUGAACAGUCUCGCUCAGAAAGGCAUUUGACAUUAUCACAGACUGACAUGGCGGCAUUAACAGGAGGAAAGGGAUUUCCCUUCUUGUUUCAACAUAUUCGUGAUGGCAUCAAUAUAAGACAAACUUGUAAUCUGAUUUUCAGCCUUUGUCGAUACAAUAAUCGACUUGCAGAACAUAUUGUAUCUAUGCUUUUCACAUCAAUAGCAAAAUUGACUCCUGAGGCAGCCAAUCCUUUCUUUAAAUUGUUGACUAUGCUAAUGGAGUUUGCUGGUGGACCUCCAGGAAUGCCUCCCUUUGCAUCUUACAUUCUGCAGAGGAUAUGGGAGGUAAUUGAAUACAAUCCUUCUCAGUGUCUGGAUUGGUUGGCAGUGCAGACACCCCGAAAUAAACUGGCACACAGCUGGGUCCUACAGAAUAUGGAAAACUGGGUCGAGCGGUUUCUUUUGGCUCACAAUUAUCCUAGAGUCAGGACUUCUGCAGCUUAUCUUCUGGUGUCCCUUAUACCAAGCAAUUCAUUCCGCCAGAUGUUCCGGUCAACAAGGUCUUUGCACAUCCCAACCCGUGACCUUCCACUCAGUCCAGACACAACAGUAGUCCUACAUCAGGUCUACAACGUGCUCCUUGGUUUGCUCUCAAGAGCCAAACUUUAUGUUGAUGCUGCUGUUCAUGGCACUACAAAGCUAGUGCCCUAUUUUAGCUUUAUGACUUACUGUUUAAUUUCCAAAACUGAGAAGCUGAUGUUUUCCACAUAUUUCAUGGAUUUGUGGAACCUUUUCCAGCCUAAACUUUCUGAGCCAGCAAUAGCCACAAAUCACAAUAAACAGGCUUUGCUUUCAUUUUGGUACAAUGUGUGUGCUGACUGUCCAGAGAAUAUCCGCCUUAUUGUUCAGAACCCAGUGGUAACCAAGAACAUUGCCUUCAAUUACAUCCUUGCUGACCAUGAUGAUCAGGAUGUGGUGCUUUUUAACCGUGGGAUGCUGCCUGCCUACUACGGCAUUCUGAGGCUCUGCUGUGAACAGUCUCCUGCAUUUACACGACAACUGGCUUCUCACCAGAACAUUCAGUGGGCCUUUAAGAAUCUUACACCACAUGCCAGCCAAUACCCUGGAGCAGUAGAAGAACUAUUUAACCUGAUGCAGCUGUUCAUAGCUCAGAGGCCAGAUAUGAGAGAAGAAGAAUUGGAAGAUAUUAAACAGUUUAAGAAAACAACCAUAAGUUGUUACUUACGUUGCUUAGACGGCCGCUCCUGCUGGACUACUUUAAUAAGUGUUCUGUUCAGAUUCAGAGUUCUCAAACUGGACUCUGUAUUUUCUAGUGCCUUCAGAAUACUAUUAGAAUCUGAUGAAGACAGACUUCUUGUUGUAUUUAAUCGAGGGUUGAUCCUGAUGACUGAGAUGUUUGAAUGUCUACUCUGUGCCAGGCAUUGUGCUAGGCACUGGGGAUACAGCAGUGAACAAGACAGACAUGGUUCCUGUCCUCACAGCUUACAGUCUUUCAACACACUGCACAUGAUGUAUCAUGAAGCCACAGCUUGCCACGUGACUGGAGACUUAGUAGAACUUCUGUCAAUAUUCCUUUCAGUUUUGAAGUCUACUCGCCCAUAUCUUCAGAGAAAAGAUGUGAAACAAGCAUUAAUCCAGUGGCAGGAGCGAAUUGAAUUUGCCCAUAAACUGUUAACUCUUCUUAAUUCCUAUAGCCCUCCAGAACUUAGAAAUGCCUGUAUAGAUGUCCUCAAGGAACUUGUGCUUUUGAGUCCCCAUGACUUUCUUCAUACUCUGGUUCCAUUUCUACAACACAACCAUUGUACUUACCAUCACAGUAAUAUACCAAUGUCUCUUGGACCUUAUUUCCCUUGUCGAGAAAAUAUCAAGCUAAUAGGAGGGAAAAGCAAUAUUCGGCCUCCGCGCCCUGAACUCAAUAUGUGCCUCUUGCCCACAAUGGUGGAAACCAGUAAGGGCAAAGAUGACGUUUAUGAUCGUAUGCUGCUAGACUACUUCUUUUCUUAUCAUCAAUUCAUCCAUCUAUUAUGCCGAGUUGCAAUCAACUGUGAAAAAUUUACUGAAACAUUAGUUAAGCUGAGUGUCCUAGUUGCCUAUGAAGGCUUGCCACUUCAUCUUGCACUGUUCCCCAAACUUUGGACUGAGCUAUGCCAGACUCAGUCGGCUAUGUCAAAAAACUGCAUCAAGCUUUUGUGUGAAGAUCCCGUUUUUGCAGAAUAUAUAAAAUGUAUCCUAAUGGAUGAAAGAACUUUCCUGAACAACAACAUUGUCUACACAUUCAUGACACACUUUCUUCUAAAGGUUCAAGGUCAGGUGUUUUCUGAAGCAAACUGUGCCAAUUUGAUCAGCACCCUUAUUACAAACUUGAUAAAUCAGUAUCAGAAUCUGCAGUCUGAUUUCACCAACAGAGUUGAAAUUUCCAAAGCAAGUGCUGCUUUAAAUGGGGACUUGCGGGCACUUGCUUUGCUCCUGUCGGUACACACUCCCAAACAAUUAAACCCAGCUCUAAUUCCUACUCUGCAAGAGCUUUUAAGCAAAUGCAGGACUUGUCUGCAGCAGAGAAACUCACUCCAAGAGCAAGAAGCCAAAGAAAGAAAAACUAAAGAUGAUGAAGGGGCAACUCCUGUUAAAAGAAGGCGCGUUAGCAGUGACGAGGAGCACACUGUAGACAGCUGCAUCAGUGACAUGAAAACGGAGACCAGGGAGGUCCUGACCCCAACUAGCACUUCAGACAAUGAGACAAGAGACUCCUCAAUUAUCGACCCAGGAACUGAGCAAGAUCUUCCUUCCCCUGAAAAUAGUUCUGUUAAAGAAUACCGAAUGGAAGUUCCAUCUUCGUUUUCAGAAGACACGUCAAAUAUCAGGUCACAGCAUGCGGAAGAACAGUCCAACAAUGUUAGAUUUGAAGACUGUAAAGAAUUUAAAGACCUCCACUGUUCCAAGGAUUCUACCCUUGCUGAGGAAGAAUCCGAGUUCCCUUCGACUUCUCUCUCUGCAGUUCUGUCUGACUUAGCUGACUUGAGAAGCUGUGAUGGUCAAGCUUUGCCCUCCCAGGACCCUGAGGCUGCUUUAUCACUCAGUUGUGGCCAUUCCAGAGGACUCUUUAGUCACAUGCAGCAGCACGACAUUUUAGAUACCCUGUGUAGGACCAUUGAAUCUACAAUCCAUGUGGUCACGAGGAUAUCUGGCAAAGGAAACCAAGCUGCUUCUUGACAUUAGAUGUAGCAUGUCUACUUUUAAGGUCACCCCUCACCCCCAAUGCUGUUUGUAUAAGUUUUGCUUAUUUCUGUUUUUGUGCUUCAGUUUGUCCAGUGCUCUCUGCUUGAAUGGCAAGAUAGAUUUAUAGGCUUAAUUCUUGGUCAGGCAGAACUUCAGAUGAAAAAAUUUGCAUCUUCAGUAUACUUUCUAAAGGGCAAUCAGAUAAUGAAUAUGUUUUAUGUAAUUAAGAGUUCACUGUAGUGGCUUUCAUUUAAUAUGGCUGUCUGGGAGGAACAGGGUUCCCUGGCCCUGUACAAUGUAAUUUAAACUUAACAGCAUUUUUACUGUGUAUAAUAUGGUGUCCUCUGUGCCAGUUUUGUACCUUAUAAUAGAGGCAGAUUGCCUCCGAUCGCUGUGGUUCUUAUUAUCAAAAUUAAGUUUACUUGUAUACGGAACAACCACAAGAAAUUUGAUUCUGUAAAGAAUCCUCUUUAGCUGUGGCCUGGCAGUAUAUAAAUGGUGCUUUAUUUAACAGAAUACCUGUGGAGGAAAUAAAGCACACUUGAUGUAAAAAUAAUUGUUUUAUUUUUAUUGACAUGACUGAUUGCUAUUCUGUGCACUUAAUUAAACUGAUUGUGAUGACUUUUUA